AUGCGUUAUUCUGCCUUUCUCCAGCAGGGCCUUCUGUGCCUUCUGCCCUUCUCAUCUGCGCUGUCUGCCGAGGAAAGGGUUAACCAGGUGCUCGAUAACUAUGGUACCGAUAAUGCCAACAGCUUUGCUCCAUCCCAUAACUCCUACCAAACGCGUUUUCCUGGCGUAACCUGGGACCAGCGCAACUGGCGUCUCCGCAGCACAGCGCUCGACCAGGGUCACUACCAGUCGCGCGGGUCAAUUGCGAAUGGCUACAUCGGAAUCAAUGUCGCCAGCGCCGGCCCGUUCUUUGAACUCGACACCCCCGUCGACGGCGACGUGAUCAACGGCUGGCCACUGUUUUCGAGGCGACAGACUUUUGCCGGUUUGGCGGGAUUUUACGACGUGCAGCCGACCACGAACUCGUCGAACUUUCCGUGGUUGGACCAGUACGGCGGGGAGAGUGUGAUCAGCGGUAUCCCUCAUUGGAGUGCCCUGGUCCUCGAUCUUGGCAACGGGAAUUACCUCGACGCGACGGUCGAUAAGUCGACGAUUUCAAAUUAUGCUACAACAUAUGAUUACAAGGCUGGUGUCCUUUCGUGGCAUUACACGUGGACUCCCAAGGGCCAGCAAAACAACUCAUUCGUUAUCAGUUACAAGCUCUUUGCGAAUAAGCUUGAUGUCAACCAGGCUGUUGUCAAGCUUAGCAUUACGCCCUCAGCAAAUGGCAAUGCGUCAGUGGUCAAUGUCAUUGAUGGGUAUUCCGCUGUGCGCACUGACUUCGUCAAAUCUGGCAGUGACAGUAAUGCUAUCUAUACGUCUGUCAAGCCAACAGGAAUCAAUAACGUCACAGCCUGGGUGUAUGCUGUUCUUGAUGGGGAUAAUGCCUUUGACUUUGCUUCGGCGAUGCUUGUUGACAACAAGCCAUAUGUGCACCAGAACGGUUCAUCUAUCGCCCAAUCCGUCAAUGUCAAACUUAGCGCUGGCAAAACUGUCAGUGUUGUCAAAUAUGUUGGUGCUGCUUCCACGGAUGGGUUUGCUGAUCCUCAGAAAACCGCCAAAAAGGCUGCGCUGGAUGCGAAACGCAGGGGAUUCGAUGAUUUGUUGCGCUCUCAUGUGUCUGAAUGGGCGCAGGUAAUGCCGGAUGAGUCUACUGAUGACUUCACCUUGGCCAAUGGAAAUCUCCCUGAGGACCCUUUCAUCAUUGAGUCUGCUAUCACAGCUGUCGUCAACCCUUACUAUCUCCUUCAGAACACGCUCGGUGAAAAUGCUCUUCGCAGGGUGAAAUAUGCCCCAAUCAAUGACUGGAGUAUCCCUGUUGGUGGCUUAACUUCGGAUUCGUAUGCUGGACUCAUUUUCUGGGACGCAGACGUCUGGAUGCAACCUGGCCUGGUGGCUGCGUUCCCUGAAUCAGCUAAGCGCAUCACCAACUACCGGGUGGCUAAAUAUCAGGAAGCCAUUGCUAAUGUCAAGACUGCCUAUUCCAGCUCGCAAGCUAACACCAGCUUUUCUCCUGAUGCCGCAAUCUAUCCUUGGACCAGUGGACGGUUCGGAAACUGCACCGGAACUGGCCCUUGUUUUGAUUACGAGUAUCACUUGAAUGGCGACAUUGCAAUUUCACUUACCAAUCAAUGGGUGGCAAGUGGUGAUACUGACACAUUCCAGAAACAACAUUUUCCAAUCUACAACUCGAUUGCCACAGUCUAUGCUGACUUGCUAAAGAAGAAUGGAAGCUAUUACAUUCUGACAAAUAUGACGGAUCCUGAUGAAUAUGCCAACCACGUUGAUGCAGGUGGAUAUACAAUGCCACUGAUUGCCCAAACCUUGGUUAAUGCCAACGCAUUCCGCCAACAGUUUGGCAUGGACGAGAACACCACCUGGAAUGAAAUGGCUUCCAACGUGUUGAUUAUACGAGAGAAUGAUAUCACUUUAGAAUAUACCACUAUGACCAACGACGUGGCCGUCAAGCAAGCUGAUGUUGUUUUGAGGACAUAUCCUCUAGAUGAUACUACCAAUUACUCUCCUAAAGCAGCUCUCGAUGACCUUGACUAUUACGCUCUCAAACAAUCUCCGGAUGGACCUGGAAUGACAUAUGCCAUUUUCUCGAUUGUUGCCAAUGAGGUUUCACCUUCUGGAUGUUCGGCCUAUACAUAUGCGCAGUAUUCUUACGAUCCUUAUAUUCGUGGUCCAUUCUUUCAAUUUUCAGAGCAAUUGACCGAUGAUUACACUACCAACGGAGGAACCCACCCAGCUUUCCCUUUCCUCACUGGCCAUGGAGGUGCUAACCAGGUCGUCCUGUACGGUUAUCUUGGACUGCGUCUUCUACCAGACGAUAUCCUUCAUAUUGACCCGAAUCUCCCGCCUCAAAUCCCUCAGGUCAAGUACCGUACUUUCUACUGGCGAGGCUGGCCGAUUCAGGCAGAGUCUAACUACACCCACACGAAGAUUAGCAGAGCUACUACUGUUGCCCCGCUGGUAUCCGCUGAUCCUAAAUACGCCAACGCAUCAAUUACUGUUCAGGUUGGGCAGCAAUCUAAUAGCACUUCCUACAAACUGCCAGUUGACGGGACAUCUAUCACAAUCACUAACCGUCAGAUCAGCUCCAUUAACACUGUUAGCGGUAACCUUGUCCAAUGCCAGGCUGUUCAGUCAUCAGAUACCUACCAGCCUGGCCAGUUCCCAAUGGCCGCUGUUGACGGAGCUGCUUCUACCAAGUGGCAGCCCGAGUACGCCAACAACGUGAGCUCAAUUACCGUGACCAUCCCCUCUUCCGAGUCCGGCAAGACCAUUUCUGGGUUUUACUUUGACUGGGCCCAAGCUCCUCCGGCCAAUGCAACUGUCAUCCUCCACAACAACUCAGUCAGCAACCCAACCAUUUCUGGGUUUGGACAGACUGCGCAGCGCACGACCAUCAAUGUCGAGGUGUCCAACCCAGUGAAUGCUUCGUCAAACACGAAUGGCUCUAUUGUACUUCCAACGGGCAACACAACCAACUUUACUUUCCCCCACCCUGUCCCCGUUUCAAAAUUUGCGACGCUGUUCAUUGAGGGCAAUCAAGGUCUCGACAGCAUUGAUAUUAAAUAUGAAAACGGUACGGGGGCGACGGUUGCUGAAUGGGCUAUUUUGGCAACGACCCAGAGCAGGCUUAAGAUAAGAGCAAGCAAUUCUUUGAGUGGUAGACAUGCUAUUUAG